AUGACUAAUGAUCGAAGCAUUGAUCCGUUGGAUUUCACAUUUACACUUGAUAACCGUUUCAGUGAAAAUGGUCAAGAACAAGGCCAUCGGUAUGGUUACCAACGUGGUUUUCGACAAGGUUUCAAUCGUGGCUUGGAUUACGCAUGGGAGAAUCAUCGUGAAGUUGCGUUGAUUGCUGCUUAUUGUGAUGAUCUACAUCAAAAGCUUUCGUCAAUGAAUGAUGCCGAUCCACGACAGAAACGUUUAGUUCAUGGCAUCAUGGAAUCGUGCCGUGAAUUUCGCACAUUGGCACCUGAUGUACCAAGAUAUGCGGAACUACUUUCAUCUGUACGAGCUCGAUAUCAACAUCUCACGGGUUCAACUAAUCAUUCCACUGAUAAAACCAAUCUAACUUUUUAG